GAAGAGCGUUCAUUGACUGGAACUCGUCUGCAAAAAUAAUGGCAGCACCUCCUUCGUUUAUUGCAGACAGUGAAAUACUGGGCAGUCGCAGAGAUAACUAAGGCAAAAAUUAACACACGCUAAUAGUCUACAUUCCUUUUCAUUAGAGUCUGACCCCAUCGUUGUUUUAGUUGGUGGGACGACCUCCAUUUUAUCUCUUUGUUUGUAACUGUUAUCGUUCGUUUGUCUUUGGUUGUACUGCAAUGCCAUCGAAGAAGAAGGCACAAGAAACAGUAGCACGAGGUCGAAGCAAGUCUGUUGGUCGAAAUACAUCGAAAGGUCGUUCACACACGCCAGCGUCUCCACGAUCCCGGUCGAGAACACCUACAAGACGGGCACGAACGCCUGCUUCAGAAUCGAAAGUUAGACGGAGGCGCUCUCCUAGCACUGAGCCCAGCGAGGAGUCUAGCAGAAGUUCCACUAAACUAACAAAGCGCAUUGAGGCUUUAGUUGACCGUCCUGUUCAAACUGCUCCAUCGAAACCAAACAUUAACAACUCCGGAUUGUCGCGUUUUUCUCAAGGAAUUAUCAAGAAGAUAGAGUUGGAACAACUAACUCACUUUCAUCCAGAAGGGUAUGUUCAAAAGCGAGAAAUCAUUCAAUCUCAGAGGUCGCUGCCUUUAACUCCACACCUAACAAAUUAUCGGAAGACCUUCUUCAGCCCAACUGUUGUUGGAACCAUCCAGCUCAUCUUCAUUGUACCAUUCGUAUAUUGGCUAAAUCUGCUCGUUUUUGUACCAGUUUCAGUGGGUGAUUAUUCUGACGAAGUCAAGAGCUUAUGGGGACCUGCUUAUCCGCUGCUUGGUGUUUUAUGGCCAAUUGACUGGUGUGUUUAUAUCAAUGUUCAAAGUUUUGGAUUCGUUUUUAUUUAUCUUUUAUUGCACUUCUUGAUUGCCCGUUUUCUACCACUUGGUGUGCGCGCAAGUACAGGCUUUCGAAAUACUGACUACUAUUGCAACGGCUUGAUAUCCUUUGUCAUUUUCGUUGGAUUGUAUUGUUUUGCGCAACUGUCCGAAUAUUCUACGACCAGAAAUUUCAAACCAAGUACAAUGCUUCCAAAUCUCUGGCUUAGUCUACUUACUUCAGCGUGUGUGGCUUCUUUUGUAAUAUCGCUGAUGGCCUUUUUUGCUUCACGAACGGUCGUGCGUCAUACGAGACAAUCGGCAGCUAAACCAAGUAAUGUGUUCGUCGAUUUGUGGUACGGUCGAUACUCAAGACCUCAGUGGUUUGGUAUAGAUUGGAAAAUGAUCAUAAUACGCUCGGGAUUAACAGCAUUACCUCUAAUAGACAUGGUUUAUAUUUUCGGACAAUAUGAUAAGUAUGAGCGUAUUAGUCCAGCUCUUGCUGCUCACGCAUUAAUGCAUGCCUUAUGGGUGCUUGAUUUUUUCAUCUUUGAGGAUGCCUUCGCACACACUUAUGAAGCUCAAUCCGUGACAUUUGGUUCAAGUUUUGUUGUCGGUCAACUUGUUGCUUUACCAUUUACGUAUUCCAUAACAAGUUCAUUUUUGUCAUCGAGACCUGAUGUGGGCAGGCUACCCUCAAGUCCUUCAAAACGUAGCUGUAAUCCGUACACAACUGGCAUAUCUGUUAUUGCGUUUCUAAUGGGACUAUGGAUACACCGGGGAUCUAACAACCAGAAAGACAGGUUCCGACGUGAUCCCAACCACCCAUCUUUCAGUAGUAAGUUUAUCUUAAAACGUGUUAGUAAUGAGUUUAAAGCACGGCUUUUUAGUGCAUAGUUUUGCGGUUCUUAUCCUGUUUUCAAAAUAUCAGUGCUCAUGGAAUUGAAAAUUUUUAUUUUACAGUAAUCGUAAGCAUUGUGUUAAAAGUUUUCAGUACUACAAGAUAUCUGUGACCUAUUUCGUAUGCGAAUUACUGUCCAGUCAAUGUCUAAUCUCAUUCUGGAAUAGCCAUUAAACAUAAAGGUGUUAACCAUGUGACCAAUACUGUUAUCCUCUGUGAAAGUAUCAUGUAGGCAAUAUGGUAUAGUUGGGCGUGAUGUACUGGGUGAAUCAUUGAGUUGAAGUUUUAGAAAUCCGUCGACAUGUUGGCGCGUCUAACCCAUUUCAACAGAGGUACAGAAAAAGGGGAUUAUACCAUAACGUAGCACCAGUCUAGAACCGUGAGUCAUUUGAACAACUUGGAAUCCUCUGGACACUUAACCGACAACUGCUACAUUGACGCGGUGUGGGUUCUCUUUAUCCGGUGUUUGAACAACCCACACAGUCAGUCCUUUGGAUAACCGAAAUCGGCGACAGUAAUCCAGUCGUUGAUCACGUUUGUUUUGACGAACUACACAGUUUUUAUCGGUGAUUUAAGAACUUACUAGCCUGUUAAAAUAUGUCUUAGGAAUAACAAAUCCUUCAAAAUGAUCAACCAUACAGCGAUUGUAUUUAUUAUCAUUUCAUGUCCCACGUGUUUUUCGCAAACGAAUAUCUUUUAAUGCAGAUGUGGGUAGGAAAUUGACUAGGUUUGUCUCGUUAUCCAAUCAUUAAGGUGUGGGUAGAAGCCAAUCCAACACAUGUCUGACGAGUCAUGUAGGUUUCGGGGGCGCAUGUAUGUAGUUCAUGGUGCACAAUACAUUUACUGAACCGGACUAACUGGAAGAUUGGUGAAAUAGUUGCUAAUAAAAUGAGCAAGGUCUUUCGCACUCGGGUUAACUUUUCUUCUCCUGAGCAUGUACUGAACUCUUUUGUGUAUUUCAAUCUUGUAGAUGCUGAGAUUGUUGCUGGUCCC